AGCCAGCAAGCCAGACUAGGGCCGGUCCCAACGGAUACUUGAUCAUCCCAGACGGUGUCUGACGGCUUCACGCGGAUAGAGUAUGGCGGCCGCCGCAGACCUCGCGCAGCAUGGUGCUGCUGAGGAUGUCGAGCUGAAUGAUGAAGACCGCCCAUCUUUCGAGGAUUUCUGGAAGCGCAGUAAGGAAGCGCACCAGGCCAAGAACGUCACGUUCCUGCCCACUGCCGGCGUAGGUAUGUAAGUCGCAGGCUCUCUCGCUAUCCUCGUUUUGUGUUCUCCCCCUCGUUCGGUCUGCGGAUGCCUCACUGGCUUCUUUCAUGACAGCUGUCCGAGAAUCUUCACAUAAUGAAGACGCAGAUAGCGCCAAGGUCAGGGCACAAGCCCGCCGAGCUCAGGUCAGAAAGGCUCAGAAACAGCAUCGGCAGCGUAAAGCAAAUUAUACGAAAGAGCUAGAAAUGGAUAUCGCCCGCUUACGGGACAUGAUCGAGCAGACUGAAACAGAUGCAACUGCUAUUCGAUCCGAGAACAAUGUAAUGAGGCGACAGCUCUCGAGGAAUGCCGUCGCGUCCGGAAUGAUGAACCUUAGUGUACCUGUUCCUAGGAGAUCCGCGCCACCGGUAACAGGUCCCAUGCCGGAUCCGCUACCGCCGGAUCCGGCGCCGAAAGCGGAACCAAAAGCCGGCGGUGAUGAGCCUGAGUUUGUUCUUCGGAUGGACAUGGACGAUACGAUGCAAACCCCUAGUUUCCGCGUGACGAGAUCACCAAGUCCAAGCUUUGGGACACGCGGUGCAGGCAUGUUCUCGCCCGACACAAGCAGCGCCGGUUUCUUCUCACCCGGCACAAGCACGGCAGACAUCUUUUCGCCGUCUACAAGCAGUGCUGCGGUCUUCUCGCCGGGAGUGUCAGAUUUCGGGAUGACGGCGACGAUGGCACUGGCAGCAACAAACCCCCCUUCGGAUUUUGGUGCUUCCCCUGCGCCUGUAUCGAGUGGAUUGAGCGAGGAGCAGACGGAAUUGGUCAUCAACUUCAUCCUCUCCCUCGAGCAUAUAUGUUGGAAUCAUUUUGGUCCCUCGCAUUACAGACAUAUAGAGUACGAUCCCAUGGACCCGGAAAACGGACACGCUCUCAUGGCCUCAUCCAUAGCGCUGCAGCACGCGAACCCAGAAAUAUUCACGCGCAUCGAUGCCGUUAACUCGGUCAUCAAAUCGAAUCCGCACUGUAACCCAGAUACGCAUGACAUCGAGUGGCAGUCCGUGGGCCUAUCUCUCGAGACGCUGUACGGCCUCGCCAUGACUCUCAACCCGCCGGACAAGGAGCUAGCGCCGGUGCAGGCCUGGUUCGAGAUCGUGCAGAUGUACGGACCAGACGUGGCGCUGGACAGGCAGAUUAUCGACGGCCUGACCCGGGGGUUCAGGGGGAUGGUGAGGUGUCUGCAGUUUGGCGCGGUGAUCCAGAGGGAAGUGUUCGACAACAUCGUGUCGAACGUGGUGAGAUCGCGCUUCGAGGGAGUCGCCCUGGGCUCCAGUAUAGGGACGGGCAUGUCUCUGGGGCCGGUGAUUGAGGAUGAUGAGCGGGUUGAAGAAGUCACAUGAGCGCAACAGCAGCCAUCUUCCUUGAAUUGGAUUUUGUGAGCCCUCUUCCCAAAAUACGCCCAAGAUAGUCAAGAAACAGUAAAAUCU